UCGGCGGUGUGGGUUGGGCUGCUGCCGCCGGCGAUGCGCUUCGCGGAAACGUGGUUUCGGGACCUAUCGGCGACUGCUUGGUGUCGAAGGAUUACUGGGACGGGCGGUUGAUAUCUUGAUAACUGCAUUUUUGUGUCACAAGUGAACAGUGCCUUCAAAAUGAUGGCCAAACUGUGCAUUAUUGUGCUCCUCGCAGUAUCUUUUCAGCCAGCGUUCUCAAUGAUUGAUGGGCUGUACUGUGGCCUCAAGAACUGUUAUGAUGUCCUGGGUGUUACAAGAGACACUCCAAAGAAGGAAAUAGCCUCCAAGUACCGUCAGUUGGCUCGGAAAACACAUCCAGAUCUUUUCCAAAGUGCCGAAGACAAGGAGGCUGCAUCCGAAAGAUUCCGAGAGAUCGCCACAGCCUACGAGAUACUGAAGGAUGACGAAUCACGGAGCGACUAUGACUACAUGCUGGACAACCCAGAUGAGUUCUACAGCCACUACUACCGCUACUACCGGCGCCGCAUGGCCCCCAAAGUGGACAUUCGCAUCGUGCUGGCAGUCACCAUCACCAUCAUUUCGGGUAUCCAGUACUUCACCUCCUGGACCAGGUAUGACACGGCCAUCCGGUACCUGGUCACGGUGCCCAAGUACCGACUGCGCGCGCAGCAGAUCGCCAAGGAGGAGAAGCUGCUGGACCACCUGAAGCGCAACAAGAAGAUGAGCAAGGACGAGGCGCGGCAGGAGGAGGAGCGCAUUCUGCGGGACAUCGUCCGCGACAAGAUGGACAUCCGGGGCGGCUACGCCAAGCCCUCGGUGACGAGCGUGCUGUGGGUGCAGCUGGUGCUGCUGCCUUACACGCUGAGCGUCUGGCUGCUCUGGUACCUGCGCUGGUUCUGGAAGUACACGCUGCUCGGCCAGGAGUACGGCACCGACGAGAAGCUGUACCUGAUCCGCCGCUACAUGGGCGUGUCCAGCGCGCAGUUCGAUGCGAUGGAGGAGGACACUAAGGAGGAGUACCUGGAGAUGGAGCUCUGGAAGCGUGACGUCUUCGCCGUCUGGAAGAAGGAGAGGGAGGAGGAGAUGAAGCUCAAGCUGGCACAGAGUGCUCAGCACAAGCAGUACCGACGCUACAUGAAGAACCACGGCCCUGGCCGCAUGUACUUUGACGACUCGUAAUACCUGAACGUGGCUAGGUAACGAAUUGAAGCGACGCACACUGGACAGUUGAGUUGCUGGUCAAGGUCCCAGUGAAAUGUGCUCGCCAUUCCAAUUGCUUCCAGAGACAUCUGAAGAAUCCGACUGCUGUCCCGGGAGCCUGACGGCUGCCAUAGUCCAGACGCCGUGACCAGCAUGCCGGCGUUCCCAGCGGUGACCCUCAUAAUGUUGUUCCUCCACCUCUCAGCUGCGCAAAACGGAGCCUUAGCGACGACCAGCGCGUCCGCCGUGGGUACGGGGCCGUCGCCGCCAGACUGCAGGCUUCUCCCCGGCUACCGCCACGUGCUGCGGUCCGCGGCGGACUGGCGGCGUGUCGUGGCUCUGUGCCGCCUGGCGCCGCACCAGCCGCGCGAGUCGCCUCCCGCUCCGCCGGUACAGGGGUCGUCGCCGAGCCCGGCCGGACGCCCGUGGCACCACCUAGCCUGGCGUGCCGCCCAGUCGCUGAGCGAUCCUGUGAGGUAUCCGGCCCCGAGAGCGCCAUACCUGUGGCGGAGCCUGCUCCUGUCCGCUGUGUGGCGGCCGGCGGUCGCUGGACCGGAGAGGGGCCCGCGCGGUCGCUCCGUCCGCAGUGGCGUGGCUCCUCGACCGCUGCCGACGUCUCCGCCGGCUGGGCUCCACAGCUGGCUGCUGCGUGCCGCCGCGACCCGCCGGCGUAUGCCACGGCUGUGUGCUUCUACUUACCGCGGACUGGCGACGCGAAGCCCAGCUGGCUGUAGCGAUCGCCUCGUCUACCGUUGUUCAGCUGUAACCAGCUUUGUGACGAAGGCUCCCUUCUUCGAGCUUUGCGUUAUGUUACGCUUCAUAGAUGACCUGUAAUGGCCGUCGGCAGCUCGCGCGGUGACCUCUGCGCCAGUCGUGAGGGCGGUCGCCGCGGUGCGGCUCCGCCGUCGUCGGUCGUCUUGCCAAAGUGUGCCGAGGCGGCCCGCGUGGAGGGUGAGAUCUCGCUUGCCGCGCCGGGACCGAUAUGUUCCUCCGGAUUGAAGUGGGAAAAUGGAGGGAGACCUGUGCUUUCCGUUUCGUGUGAAAGAGCAUAAUAGAUUCUACUGGAGUGCGUUGCAGUAAUUAUACUGGUAGGGGAUGUGGUGUUGGGUUGCAUGGGGAAAUCCGAUCUGGGGACUUGCGGUUGUGUCAUCGAUUGCGGUUGUUUCCUUGUUCAAGCGUUUUCCUGUGUUUUUGAAAUAUCUUACAAUCGUAUAUCUUCACUUUAUAGAUGUUUGAGCGCACGUCCUGGACACAUCAUGCCAAGGGAGGGGGGACGGGUCAGGUUCAGGCCGUCUAUUGUAAAUGAAUUGGCAGUGCGUGAUCACCUGCCGAGUUGGUCCAGGUUCAGAUUUGUUCACUCCCGACACACUGGUGACGUGACACUGGCCGUUGAUCCCUUCCUAGGCCGCCGGAGCCUUCAGUCCCGACACAUCGCGGUGUGAUAUGACACUGGCCGCUCAUCCCUUCCCACCCCGCCGGAGCCUUCAGUCCCGACACAUCGCGGUGUGAUAGGGCACUGGCCGUUGAUCCCUUCCUACCCCGCCGGAGCCUUCAGCGAUAAAGUGAAUGUGCUGCGAUGUCGGUUUGUUUUGUUGUUGGCUUACGUCCGUGUGCGUUUUGGGGGCUUUUUCACCAAGGGUGGGAAACUGGCAAUGUGACUCUUACCACCCUGCUCGAGUGGCCGCCGACUGCUCGUGCAUUGGUCCGGGACAAAAUGUGCGUCGCCAGCUGAUCGGCGUCAUCCGAGCGCUCGGUGAUGCCGUAUCUAAAGAUGCCAGCCUUGCCUUCUACAAUUGGGAUGGUGCGUGGCAGAGUUGUUUUAUAUUUGGCUCCACUAGCUGUUUUGUUCAGGAAUACACUCGGCCGUUUAAUUUGGAGUGAUCUUUGUUGAGAUGUGUUGAGCGCUGGAAGGUCCCACUGCGAUGCCUUAGUUCGCGUGCCGUGGAGAUAUGUACCGGAAAUUUAUUGCAUCGUUGAAAAGCCAGAACUUAGCGGCGAAAGCUGGUAUUUCGGGUUUUUAACGUUUGAAAUCAGGAAACGUGUGACUUCCCUUAUGCCAACGAGUAAGGCCUACCAGUGAAGGCUGCUUCGCCAAAGAAGUGAAGGAUUUUGAAGUGGAGUCCAGAAUAUUCUCCCCAUUGAUGGCGUCUACAUGGGGUGGGUCUGACCACUAUGCGGGCAGGAUUGCUUAACGUGCUAUAUUUGUUUUGUGAAUCACGUCUCGUGAUAGACGGCAGGCGUUCAUCCGACCACUGUCCGAAUGCGGUGUCCCAUACGCUGGCCUGUUCUACUCUUGGCGUCAAACUCCUUGCCACGACAAUUUUCCAUUGCGCAUGACGUGUUCGGUCGUUUGUGUAGAAUUUUGCGAAUUUACAACAGCGGACCCCGUCAUAGUGUCUGAAACAGUGUAGUAAAAACCGGAGAGCAAAUCACUGUUUUCUUCGCUGCACAAGACAUUCGGCUGGACCUUUGGGCCCGCUGGGUGGGACGUAAGCUCCUCACCAGGUUAUCAGUCCUGGGGUUGGGGCAGGUGCGGCAGCUCGUCCCGAUGACACGCGGCUAGUGAGAGGACCAUUCUGUGGCGUCCCUCUAUCAAUCACUUUGGCCGCCAAGUAAAAUCUAAGCCCUUGUAUUUUGAUGUGCGAAGAAAUUGGUUAUCCGCGUUACGAUAUGUGUUGAACUUUUUCAAAAAGCGCUCUCGGCUUUGCCGUGUUCAUUGAUGUAGGCACGGGGCAGUUUAUGCUGUGGCGCCCCAACUUUCGGAUAAUGCGCAUAAAGUCCAUGGCGACAACUGAAAAAUCUGCUUAAAAAUUGGCUUCGGCGCUUCCACUUGCUGAGACGUCCAUUCACCUGCUAAUGUUGUACCCACAACUACAUGGUAUUAAGUUGCAAUCGCUGAAAUUGUGUUGACCUGGUCAAAACUAACAAUUUUCCCCAAUAGACCGACGUGGCGGGAGUUUGACGCCGACGGGAAGUGGCUGUUGCUUUUUGUUGUCUGUGGACUGCGUUUCGUUGUGCGAGUGUUGCUUGGGUUCGACGAGUUUACCGCUUGCGCUAUGACGUGUCCAUGAUUUCUACUUGGUAAUACAAGUAACCCAAGUUUU